AUGGCUUCACCUAAUGGUUUUUUAAGCCACUUAACCUAUUUUCUGGCUGCUGGUGCUGUUACUUUGGGAAUUGGUUUCUUGGCUUUGGCAUCAGCUUUGUGGUUCCUGAUUUGCAAACGAAGAGAAAUAUUUCAAGAUUCCAAAUUUAAAACAAUUGAUGAGAGAUGCAGACAAAGACCAUCAAAGGCAAAGAUUAAAUCUCAUUCUCCGUGUGUUUUUAUUUCUCAAAAUUUUCAUACUGGAAAUUUCCAAUUGCAGGAGGAGCAAAGAAAAAAGGAAACAGCACAUAUAAAAGCAAUUAAAGGUUAUUCUAAAGAUGAAUUCUGCCUUGCAGCAAAAAAGGUCAUUUGUGACCCCUCAGAGACUACCUCGGCAACAAAUCCCAGCAGUGCUACCUUAAGCUUAUCAACGUUACCAUCUGAUUCUUAUUACAGCCAAAGUAUAGAAGUAGCUGAUGACUGGUUUUCUGAUGAUUCCCUAGUGAAAAAGAGCCCUCCAGUGCCUUUUCUCGGGGAGCCUGUAAUGGAGAAAAUAUUUUCAUACUUGUCAACCAUUCCAUUAGAAGAAUGUACUGGAAAUGUACUAAAUAUGACACUUUAUGAUGAUCAAAAAGAUGACAACAUUAAGGGAAGAUUUACACGAAGAAAUACAGAGGUUGAAAUACAAAACCUUCAACAUAAUAUUGAAUGACUUUUUUCUUUUGAAACUUUGUGUACACUGAAAUCACGUAAAGUUAAAACUGAAUUACCAGCUUCUGAGUCUCUUAAC